AUGAUCACCCACGCCUACGUCCGAUACAAAGAUGACAAGCACUUGGCAAUUGGGCCAGUGGGGCACAUAAAAAAGUUCAACCCCAAAGAAGAUUUUUCGGCGGCGUUCUACACAGUAAAAUGGACAGAUCCGACCGGCACAUGCGAUUACUAUCGUGCCAGGAUUUUGCAGGUUGGAGAGUCAGAAGAAGAUGUAAAAGAAAAAGUUUCUGGAAAAAGGUUGAGCGUGAAGCCUCUCAUAGACGAUUCCGAUGUCGCCAGCGACAGUGAUAAGGAUGUUGGGCCAUCAAAGGUUGACAUUGGACAAGGGCUGCGAAUACCAUCAGAAACGUGGCGCCGCGUGCAGGCACGAGACAAAGACUCUUUGUUCGUGAAGGAUCUGCUUGUGACGAUCUGGGAUCCAGUACAGCCGCAAGGACGAUUGUUGCAGGGCAAGCAUUGCCCUCGCUUCCCAGAUCGUCCAACAAAGGAGCCAUUGACACCAUGGAAGGUGUCUGUCAUGCGAACCUGCUACAAGCGCCGCUUGGAGAAACAAGGAUUCCCCGAGAGUGUGGUUCAGACGCUCAUGAAGCGCAUGAACUACUACGUCGGGGAGAAAAUUGCCGACAUUGAUAAGAUGGCAAACAGGUAA